AUGGUGGGGAAGAAUGUAGUGAUGAGCAAUCGCUACAAGCGCCUGGAUGAUGAGGACGAUGACAAGGAGGAGGAUGGAGAGGCUGAGCUCGCAGCCGCUCUCCUGGCGCCUCCUUCGAUCUGCAUUGCCUUCAGCCUUCCCGAUGAAGAUUCAGUCCUGGAUGAGAGCGAGCUGGAGAAGAGCAAGGAGCAGCGGGAGGACAUGAUGAAGAAGCUGCGGAAGCUGAACCUUGAGGUGGAGCAGAGGAUCAACCGUGCAGGAGACAAGCUCUUCCUCAACGUCAGCACGCCCGACCACCUCAUGGCAAUGCAAGCCCAAGCUCGAGGCAUCCGCCUCCGGCUGCAAGACAAGCAUGGAGGAGCGUUGUGCAUGUUCAGCAAGAAGUUAGUGGAGGGGCCGCAAGGCAAAGAUCGCUUCCUCGAGCCCGCAGACAAGGCGAUCGGCCACUUCAGCAGCUUGCAGCAGCUGGAAAUCACGGACAGGAUCAUUCGCAGCGAGCCGAUAGACGAUGGCAGUGGGCCGCAGACGAGCAGAGCGAUCGACCCCGAGAGUCUCAUGGAAGGAGAUAGUCCUGUUAUCAUCGGAUACUUCUACAUGCACUUCGACCGAGCCCGCUACAAGCUCGUCGCUGAAUGGGCGGGUAGCUGGAGUUCACCUCAGCCCAUUGAAGACAUCAAGGUCUACUUCGGAGAGAAGGUCGCUCUGUUCUUCACCUUCUACGGCUACAUGAUCUCCAUGGAAUGGCUUCCAGCCCUCUGCGGCACAGCCUUGACAUUUUCGCAAAUGGCCUCGCACAGACUCACAGGCUCGUGGGACAAUCCAUAUGUCGUCGUGUAUGCUAUCGGCAUGUCCAUAUGGUCCAUCCUCGUCUGCCAGCUGUGGAGGAGGCUCGAGGCGAGGUUGAGGUAUGAGUGGGACACGCUUGAGUUCGAAGAGCAGGAGGUGAUGUUGACAGAGUUCAAGAAUCAUCCGUCAACAGUCAAAAACACGCACGUCAAUCCCCUGACAGGAGAGGUGGAGGAGUACUGGUUUGAUGAGGGCAGUUUAUUCCCGCCCCGUGGCAGAAAGAGUAGGGUCCUCGUCACUUUCCUGCUGAUUGGAGUUCUCUGCGUGGUGUCGAUGGCGAUGGCGAUCGCUGUUUACUUCUUCUGUCGUCCAUUGAUGAAGCCAGGCCAUACAACCGUUGGAGCUAUUGUCUGCGGGAUCGGAUUCUCUGUCGUGGGAGAAGUUCUGAACCGAGUCUUCGACCGCUUCCUCACGUGGAGAAUGCAAGCUGAGAACUGGCGGACAGAGGUCGAGCGAGAGGAUGCAGCUAUCCUGAGAACUGCGGUGUUCAAAGUCGUGAACAAUUACUUCGGCAUCUGUUUUGUCGCAUUCGCGGCUAACCGUCUGCCCUCCUUCCUCUUCAGCAAGUCCGUCCUUGCCGCCUUCAGAUGCCCGCAGUGGCAGUGCAUGCCAGUGGCUCAGGGGAUUUUCACCACCACCUUCGUGUCCAUGACAGCCUUUCGAAUAGUCGAGGAGAAGGUUUUCCCCGUCGUCAAGCGUCUCUGGAUCGAUCAUGUCAACAAUGCCUCGUUGAGGAAGGCGGCGAAGGUUAAGGUGGUGAAGUUGCCCAUGGAGGAGCAGCUGGAGCUGGGCAAGUCAAAGCCAGUGACGUUCCUCUACGAGACUGUCGUGAUGCAGUUUGGCUUCAUCGCCAUGUUUGGCACGCUCUUUCCCAUGGCUGCUGUCACGGCGCUACCCUUAAACCUCAUCUUCCUUCGCAGCCAUGCUCAAGAUCUCCUUCUCUCCUACCAGCGCCCCGCCUAUCAGUGCGCGGCAGACAUCGGCAGUUGGCAGUCGGUCCUCAGCUUGUUCGGGACGCUCUCGAUCGUGACCAACUCCUGCCUGGUGGGUCUUACUGCUCAUUCCGUCUACUUCUAUCACGCCAACAUGACCCUCGUCGACCGCCUCUGGGCUGUUGCCAUCCUCGAGCAUCUCCUCUUCAUCGCCAAGAUUCUGAUUGAGAAUCUCAUCGUCGCUGACGCGCACAAGAUCGUCGAUUCCUAUGAGAAUCGCGAAGAGCUUAAGCGUCAGAUGCUGCAGAAGGAAGGCUUGCAGGAGGAUCAGUUCAAGACAGAGCAGUAG